AUGGCUAGAGAAUCUCAACGCUCGUCGUCAUCGUCCUCGUCAGCAUCUAGCAUCUUCAAGCGCGGGCCGUUCACAAGGUCAACCACCAGCCCACCCUCUUUGAACAGACAGAAUUCGCACACUGCCCGUCAGGAAUGCAGCACAUCACCACAAGGUGGAGCCACCUCUCUGUUAUUCAAGGUGGCAUCUGCCUCCCUCAGGACAUCUCCGAGAAAUAGCCCGCCAGCAUCUCCAAGGCAAUGCCCUAUGGAUAUUCAAGAAGUGCAAUGGGAUGUGCUAAGCCGUCGCCUAUCUGAAAACCGUCAUGGAUGGCUGAAGUUGAUUCAUUACACGCCUUUAGGGGCGAUUGAAGAUAUCAACAUGGCCACAGGUCUAUUCAGAACGGCCUGCCAGCUUCUCGCAAGCCACCCGCAAGAGGCCUGCCCAGGUAUCACGAGGCAUUUCCCUCAGCUGUUACAGCGUCAAAGCGUCUCGAAGACUGGUGAACUGCGAGGACACAGAAGAAGCGACGGCUCGUUUGAGCUUUGCAGCUUAGAACGUAGCGAGGGGCACCUUGAUCAGUGUCAGAUGAUGAUCGAGGAAGUUUAUGGAGCUUGA